CGGGCGCCACGGGCCGGCUUUGUGGAGCGCUGCGGAGGGAGCGCGCGCGGGUUGGGCAGCGAACAAAGGAGCAGGGCGCCGCCGCGGGGGCUCGCCACCCACCUCCCGGCCGCCACCAUGACCGCCAACGGCACGGCCGAGGCGGUGCAGAUCCAGUUCGGCCUCAUCAACUGCGGCAACAAGUACCUGACGGCCGAGGCGUUCGGUUUCAAGGUGAACGCGUCGGCCAGCAGCCUGAAGAAGAAGCAGAUCUGGACGCUGGAGCAGCCCCCCGACGAGGCGGGCAGCGCGGCCGUGUGCCUGCGCAGCCACCUGGGCCGCUACCUGGCGGCCGACAAGGACGGCAACGUGACCUGCGAGCGCGAGGUGCCCGGCCCCGACUGCCGCUUCCUCAUCGUGGCGCACGACGACGGCCGCUGGUCGCUGCAGUCCGAGGCGCACCGGCGCUACUUCGGCGGCACCGAGGACCGCCUGUCGUGCUUCGCGCAGACCGUGUCGCCGGCCGAGAAGUGGAGCGUGCACAUCGCCAUGCACCCGCAGGUCAACAUCUAUAGCCUGACCCGCAAGCGCUACGCGCACCUGAGCGCCCGGCCGGCCGACGAGAUCGCGGUGGACCGCGACGUGCCCUGGGGCGUCGACUCGCUCAUCACGCUGGCCUUCCAGGACCAGCGCUACAGCGUGCAGACCGCCGACCACCGCUUCCUGCGCCACGACGGCCGCCUGGUGGCCCGCCCCGAGCCCGCCACCGGCUACACGCUGGAGUUCCGCUCCGGCAAGGUGGCCUUCCGCGACUUCGAGGGCCGCUACCUGGCGCCGUCUGGGCCCAGCGGCACGCUCAAGGCGGGCAAGGCCACCAAGGUGGGCAAGGACGAGCUCUUCGCGCUGGAGCAGAGCUGCGCCCAGGUCGUGCUGCAGGCGGCCAACGAGAGGAACGUGUCCACGCGCCAGGGGAUGGACCUGUCGGCCAACCAGGACGAGGAGACUGACCAGGAGACCUUCCAGCUGGAGAUCGACCGUGACACCAGGAAGUGUGCCUUCCGCACGCACACGGGCAAGUACUGGACGCUGACGGCCACCGGGGGUGUGCAGUCCACCGCGUCCACCAAGAAUGCCAGCUGCUACUUUGACAUCGAGUGGCGUGACCGGCGCAUCACACUGAGGGCAUCCAAUGGCAAGUUUGUGACCGCCAAGAAGAACGGGCAGCUGGCCGCCUCGGUGGAGACUGCAGGGGAUGCUGAGCUCUUCCUCAUGAAGCUGAUCAACCGCCCUAUCAUCGUGUUCCGAGGCGAGCACGGAUUCAUCGGCUGCCGCAAGGUCACGGGCACCCUGGAUGCCAACCGCUCCAGCUACGACGUCUUCCAGCUGGAGUUCAAUGAUGGUGCCUACAACAUUAAAGACUCCACGGGCAAAUACUGGAUGGUGGGCAAUGACUCUUCGGUCACCAGCAGCAGCGACUCCCCGGUGGACUUCUUCUUUGAGUUCUGCGACUACAACAAGGUGGCCAUCAAGGUGGGCGGGCGCUACCUGAAAGGGGACCACGCAGGCGUCCUGAAGGCCUGUGCCGAGACCAUCGAGCCCGCCUCGCUCUGGGAGUAUUAGGUCCCUGCCCCAGCGGCCCGUCCCCACCCCCUCCCCGCUAACCCUCCUCCCUGGCGGCCAGGUGGCAGCCCCUUGCCUUUCAAACUGGAAACCCCAGAGAAAAUGGAGCCGCCUGUGGCCCCGUGGAUGUGGAUGCCCCCCUGCCCCUCCCCUGAGGGGGUGUCAGGCCCCUCUGCCCUCUUCUCUGCCGUGGGCUGAGGCUGGCACCUCUUUCUUCUGACCUCAGACAACUCUGAGCCUUACUUUCCUGGAAGUGGCCAGGAGAAGGUGGCUGAGCCCCCAGGGCUGGGGCGCGUAACUGGAAUCUGCUGUCCCCGCCGGCACCAGGAGGGAGCCCCUGAGCCAUGCGUGCUCGUUGGGGUCCCAGCCCCUCUCCUACCUACCCUACUGGGGCCUGCGGGGCUCCCAGGUGGAAGCCGCUGGGUCUGUCCCCUGCGCAUUCCCACGGGAGGGGGCCAUCCCCCUCCUGCCUCUCACCCUGGCCUGACUGGAAGCGGAAACCGACCAAAUCAGUAUUUUUCUUUUUUUUAAUGAAAUGUUACUGCUGGAGGCAGCCCAGCAAGCCUGGUUGUACUUGUAAGUGGUCUUGGGGGGUCUUGGCAUCUGUGCCCACCUCCCCAGCUGGCCCCCUCCUGUCCUCCCGCCAUCCCCAGCUCUAGACUCUCCUGCCUCAGCCACAGCCCUGCUGGGAUUGGUGCUCCUGGCUGACCAGACACCUGCACUCCUGGGCAGGACGGAGCCUGUGUCCCCCAUACCAGCUGGGCGCCCUGGGGUCUCCCUCGGCCUCCUGGCUGCUAGCCCUGCCAGCCCCCCGCCACCGUCCCUCUCACUCUGGGUGUCUUGGUCUUUUAUUUUUUGUAAGUGUCAUUUGUAUAACUCUCAGUGCCCAUGAUAGUAGCUUCGAACUGGAAAGAGCAAAAUAAAAUAACUUGCGUCUGCA